GUUAUAAUGGGGAACCGAUUUCUGAGCUACUACGACAAGAUGAACGUCAACUUCAUGUACAAAUGCAAUGACAGCUGUAACGAUACGUCGUCCUGUCAAAAUGGUGGUUACCAGAACAAAGCGUGUGGAUGCACUUGCCCCGAUGGUCUGGGAGGUGACACGUGCAACACGCAAGAUCCGACUUGGACAAAGAACUGUGGUGGAAUAUUCUCCUUGGGCGAGCACGACAGCCUGACUGUCGAGACACCGGGGUUUGGCGGGAAUUACACUUACAGUGCAGGUGACAGAUGCGCUUGGGUGUUCAAGUCUAAAUUGAUCCACUAUGUUGUUGAAUUCAAACUACUCAGCAUCAAUAAUCAACUCAGAGACGAAGCUCGAACUAAACAUUGCGCAGAUACACUGGAAUUAAGAACAAAUCUGUUUGGACAAACGGGGAAAUUCAUUUGCGGUUCAUCUCCUGAUGUUAGAAAUGUAAGCGACCCGUUGUUGACAGUGCAGUCCAGGGUCGAAGGGGAAGACCGCUUUGUUAGUGUGCUGUUUAAGAGCCAAGAAGACUCGAAGCCUACCACCGGAUUUAAAGCAAUCGUCUCACUGAGAGAAAUCACAGCUUGCAUCCUUUUGAAAACACGUUGUCCUGGUAGUUCAUAUUGUGUAGAUGGUGGCUCCCAAACGGAUAGUAAAUGUGUCUGCAAUAGUGGAUUCUCUGGAGUAAACUGUGAUACUGUGGCCACGGCAACUAUUUCGGAAGAUUUUGAGAAUUCUGCUUACUCAGGAGUGUAUUUUUUCGAUGUCGACCGCCAGUACGGAGACACAUGGUUUCUUUUGAGUGGUGAAACCCAAUCCUUCGACACUGGCCCUGUUGGCGACCAUACCACGGGUCACGGAACCUACGCGUACUUUGAGGCAUCCGCUCCUGCGGUCCCAGGUCAGUUGGUGUCAUUGACCUCAACGAUCAUCUUCGAUAAUUCUACUCGUAGGUGUCUUUCGUUUGCUUAUUCCAUGAAUGGCGCCAAUAUGGGUUCCCUGGCUGUCAAGCUCGUGAUUGACGGUGUGGAGGAAGUGAAACCGCUAUUCCAUGCAAAAGGGAACAAAGGCCUUGAGUGGAGGACGGCAAACCUUACAAUUCCUAAAAGAACCGACAACUACAAGGUUCGAUUUGUGGCAGAAAGGGGAGAUGCCUUCAAGAGUGACAUUGCCAUCGAUGAUGUUAUGAUAAUUAGCUGCCCUGAACCCACAACCACUUCUGAACCCACGACUACCACACCUGAACCUACGACUACCACGCCUGAACCAACGACCACCAUGCCUGAAUCCACAACUACCACGCCUGAACCUACGACUACCACGCCUGAACCAACGACUACCACGCCUGAACCCACAACUACCACGCCUAAACCAACGACUACCACGCCUGAACCUACGACUACCACGCCUAAACCAACGACUACCACUGCAUCUAAGAAUGAAACGAACCUCUGUGAAUGUCCUAAACCGAAACAUCGUCGAAUGCUUACUCUUGCCAUCAACGCCAAGAAUACCAAAUGUCUCGAGUUUGACUAUCGCAUCAAAGUAGAAGGCCGGAAGCUGCAGGUCGCCUUAAAGACUGGGGUCACCUUUGGGCCAUGGAACUGGUUGGCCGUUGGAGAUCCUAGUACCAAAACCUGGCAACACGUGGCAGUGCCACUAACCAAGAUCGACAAGUACCAGAUUGUUUUUGAUGGCGUUAAACAUGCUGACCGUAAAGGCCCCGUAGCAAUAAGAGAUGUUGUAGUGCAUGAUGGACCCUGUGUCAAAGAUGUAGAUCAACGAACUUAAACUUUCUAUCUCCAUAUGUACGACAGUUAAAUGCAUCCCGCAUUUAAAAUUACAUUAAACGGUAUAUACUAUAGAAACGAACGUGUACACCAAAAUAAAACGAUGUAAGUCAUAUUCAUUGCUAACUAUUCUGUAUUCUAUUUCCAAGAGCACAAUCGAAUUUUGAUUUCAACCCACUGGACUCAUCGUUGCCUUGGCAUGGGUAAAUCAGGGGCUCUGACCUUGCCAGAUAACCCCAGACACCCCCGAUCCCAGAAGAGCGUAGACGAUGUGGAGAUUUCAAAUAAGUUUGGUUAUCGUGAGGGUGAAUUAAUAAUGUCAUUCAUGUUAGCAAUUAAAAAGAUGUUACCCGCAAGGCAUUGCGAGUUCAUUGAACAACCGAUGUGCAGCUAGCAGCCAUUUUCAUAACCUUGGCUCGGCUUAUGGGCGUCGCGACAGGAACUGACAGU